AUGGACGCCAAGGCUCAGAGCAAGAGAAUAGCUUUGGAUAUCAGGGAAUGGGAGCAGACAUUUCAAGAACUGAUCUGUCAGGAGAAACCCUGGGCCAGAUGGACCCUGAAGAUGGAUGGAAGCCUUCGGCCAGACUGUGUGGCCCAGGGGUGGAAGCAAUACCAGCAGAAAGGAUUUGGCAGGUUCUCGUGUUCCUCAUGUCGUCGAGGCUGGGCUUCUGCCCAAGUGAAGAUCCUAUGUCACAUGUACCUGGAGAACCAGAAAUCCCCAGGCAAGGUGCUCAUGCGGAUCUUUGGACAGAGGUGCAAGAAGUGCUCCCGGUCUCAGUUUGAGAAGCCUGAUUUCUCCCUGGAAAGCAGAAAUAGGAUUCUGCAAAACCUGGUGCAGCGUGUUCUGGAGAAAUUCUACAGAAAUGGUUUCAGGAAGGUUUCGGAGUUACCCGUGAUCCCAGAAGUACCUUUGAAGGGGUCCCACGACACGGCCAAUUGUGAAGCAUGCGUCCUGGGCUACUGUGUACUGAACUCAGAAAACGGCAUGACAGGGCCAGAAAGAUCCUCUGUCUCCUACAUGGAGACUGGGAGUUCCUCUCCUCACAAUGGUAACGAGUGUGGCCAAAACCCAUCUAGGAACCACUUAGCAGUGGGGAGUGGGUAUUCUGGCACCCAUAUAGGCUCAGGGCCCAGCCAUGCCACUGCUGGGAUCCAAGUGCCUGGGAAAGGCCCUCAGCCUAAACGGGAGAUGGGCCAGCUGUUCACACCAGGGGCAGAUCGACAGGCUGCACGGGCAACCGGCCCACAGCCCAUCCGAGUAGCAGGAUCACUUCCCCCAGGGUGGACAGAUCCACGGCCCAUUCAAGCAGUAGGCCCACUACCUACAGGGCGUGCAUAUUCACAGUCUACACAGGGGAGAGGACCACAGGCCCCCCGGAUGACGUACUCUCAGGCUAUAAAGAAGUCAGGCCAGCAGUCAACACACAAGGCACAAGCCACAAAAGGGGCACAGCUUCAGGCCACAAAGGUGACAGAACCACAGCCCACCAGAGCGACAAUCCCAAGGGCCACAUCAGGAUCAGACAGCCAGGCUAAAGGGAUGACAGGCCCCCCACCACAGAGGUCAAGCUCACAGUCUACACUGGAGGCAAUCCCGAAGCCUACAUUGGGGUCAGACAGUCAGGCUAAAGGGAUGACAGGCCCCCCACCACAGAGGUCAAGCUCACAGCCUGCAUGGGAGGCAAUCCCGAAGGCCACAGUAGGGUCAGACAGUCAGGCUAAAGGGAUGGCAGGCCCCCCACCACAGAGGUCAAGCUCACAGUCUACACGGGAGGCAAUCCCGAAGGCCACAUCGGGGUCAGACAGUCAGGCUAAAGGGAUGACAGGCCCCCCACCACAGAGGUCAAGCUCACAGCCCACACAGGAGGCAAUCCCGAAGGUCACAGUAGGGUCAGACUGUCAGGCUAAAGGGAUGGCAGGCCUCACACCACAGAGGUCAAGCUCACAGCCUGCAUGGGAGAGAAUCCCAAAGGCCACAGUAGGGUCAGACACUAAGGCUACAAGGAGGGCAGGCCUCCCACUGGGGUCAAGCUCACAGCCCACACGGCCACAUGUAGGACCUUCAUGUGGAAGUCAAGCUGCCUGGGGCAGGGAGGAGAGGUACUCACCUGGAGCGUCUGUAUCAGACAGCUUUUUCAGAUUACCUCCUUCAAAUGAUCUCCGUAACCAGGAGCAGCUGUUCAGGUGGGGCUAUGUCUGUAUUUUUGCUCUGUUUACCUUUCUGGUGUCUAAAUACUUAUGA